UCCGUCCGCGUCGGUAGUGUCGCUGUCCAGUGUCCGCUAGUGCGCCGCGCUCGGUGCCGCUCAGUGCUCCCAGUGCUCAUAAUGCAGCCGGCACCCGCUCGGCUCCAGUGAAUCCUCAAUAACAGGAUGCACGCGGUGGGACUACACUCCGCGCUCGCCAUCCGCCGCGAGCGGAAGCGCCGCGCCGAGCAGCAGCGCGCUCGCGAGCGCCGCACUCGCUGCAGUCCUCCGAGUCCGGCCUCACCAGCCCGCUGCUCCACCGGCAGCUUGGAGAGGCGCCGCUACCGGAACACCAGGGCCGCCGAAAAUGAAGUUGUCUCCUCCGUUGGCAUGCUGCACCUCGGUGUCGUCUUCCUCGUGCUCGGCGUCUUCCUGGUCGCCAGCGGAUGGUUGCCUGACGACGUCACCUCUUGGAGUAGUAUCGGCUCCGUCAGCUGGUUCAACGAGCUGGUCUGCUCGGGUUUGUUCGCGCUUGGGAUCGGGAUAUUUCUGAUCGCUCUGCACAAGUACCUCACCAAGAGCGAGGAGGAGGCGCUAGAGGACUAUGUGCAGAGACAGCUAACGAGGUCACGAUCAGGGCACCGGCUGGAGAGGGACGCGGAGACAGGCGGCAUGCACACGAAGAACGCGCGGCGAGCCCGCGCCACCGAGGUGCUGCCGGAUGCGACCUCCGAGACGUACACGCAGCCCCCCGAGCGCGCGCACGGGUUCGUCAAUGCUCUGGCGGUGAACGGCGACGCUCUGCGGGAGAUGCCGCUCGAGCAGAUCGCGGAGGAGGAGGUAUCGGUGACGUCGGAGUGCGACCGGCGGCUCGGCAAGUUCAACAAGGACACGUACUCGACCCCGUCCGUGGCGCCCAGCCUGAGCCCGGGCUCGCCGUCCGACACGCGGGAGCUGCUCUCCGACGGGCGCUAUAUGGUCAUGUCGCGCAUAUGAACGCGCCUUUGCUCACGCUUACUUACUGCCUUCGACUUUAAGAGAACGUUUCCAGGUCGCGUCCUCUGCGUCUGAUCGGACGUACACACAUGUAACACGCGCUGUUCUAACAAAGACUCGUUUCGUCGAUCGUAGUUCGUUCGUACGUUUUCUUAACAAAAAUAUACUUCAAGCAUUUCGCCUUUAUGUAAUCGUUCCGCUGUUCCUGACUGAGCUUCGAAGCUUCGCAGCGCUCUAAAUUGAUUUUCAAAAGCUAUUUGAGUUUUAUUUUUAUGAACGGACCAAUCGAUUGUUAGAUUUUAGUAUUAGUUGUGUUGUCAGUCUGUUUGUAACGAGACGAGGGUAUUAAUUUUCAUGUGACAGGGAAUAAUGAAGGUUAAUGUAAUACUUUUUUUUAAAGGUCAGAUGAGUUAGUACGAUUUUAAAUAGUAAUUUAAUGGCUUAAUGUUUAUAAUUUCUGAACAUAACAACGACUUGUAAUACUUAGGCAACAGUAAGAACAUUUACAGUAUUUACCAUAAAUCAAAUUCGACCACAAUAGCCCAAAUUUAAAAAAAACAUUAUUUUUAACUUAACAACGUCGUAUAGAUGACGUCACAGCGUAGGUCGACCUUAACGUGUCUAUCGUAAUUACAAUCAGACUGAUUAGGAUAUUAUAUAUUUAACUAAUCCCUAUAAAUUAGCUUGAGACUGAAAAAAAAAUUAAUUUACAAUAUUUAAAAUACAUAAACAAAAAUCAUUUUCAUAUAUUGGACUCUUAUAUUGGUUUUAAUGUCGACUCUUUGAAGCCUUAUUCGCUUAGCAAUGAUUGGAUUUUAAUCAAAGAAUGACACAAACAGGAUCACAUACUACACUUUUAAAAAUAACUUUGCGCUACAUUUAAUCUAGAAAA